GGGUUGCGUUUCUACGACGCACAGCCGGAAGUUUCUAUCCGUGGAUCUUCAGAGAGAGAUACUGACCCUUGACCUCGGGGUGCUACCUCACCCCCUCAGGCGCGAUGGCUACGGGCGCAGAUGUACGAGACAUUCUAGAACUCGGGGGUCCAGAGGGAGAUGCCGCUUCUGGGACCAUCAGCAAAAAGGAUAUUAUCAACCCGGACAAGAAAAAGUCCAAGAAGUCGUCGGAGACCCUGACCUUCAAGAGGCCUGAGGGCAUGCAUCGGGAGGUCUACGCUUUGCUUUACUCUGACAAAAAGGAUGCACCCCCACUACUGCCCAGUGACACUGGUCAGGGGUAUCGCACAGUGAAGGCUAAACUGGGGUCCAAGAAGGUUCGACCUUGGAAGUGGAUGCCUUUUACCAACCCAGCUCGAAAGGAUGGUGCUAUGUUUUUCCACUGGCGACGAGCCGCUGAGGAGGGCAAGGACUACCCUUUUGCCAGAUUCAAUAAGACGGUGCAGGUGCCCGUGUACUCAGAGCAAGAGUACCAACUCUACCUUCAUGAUGAUGCAUGGACUAAGGCAGAGACCGACCACCUCUUUGACCUCAGCCGCCGAUUUGAUCUGCGCUUCGUAGUUAUUCACGAUCGAUAUGACCACCAGCAGUUCAAGAAGCGUUCUGUGGAGGACCUGAAAGAGAGAUACUACCACAUUUGUGCCAAGCUUGCCAAUGUAAGGGCUGUGCCGGGCACGGAUCUCAAAAUACCAGUAUUUGAUGCUGGGCACGAGAGACGGCGGAAGGAACAGCUGGAGCGGCUGUACAACCGAACCCCAGAGCAGGUGGCAGAGGAGGAGUACCUGCUGCAGGAGCUGCGUAAGAUUGAGGCCCGGAAAAAAGAGCGGGAGAAACGCAGCCAAGACCUGCAGAAGCUGAUUACAGCCGCAGACACCACUGCGGAGCAGCGGCGCACAGAGCGCAAAGCUCCCAAGAAGAAGCUACCUCAAAAGAAGGAGGCUGAGAAGCCGGCUGUUCCUGAGACUGCAGGCAUCAAGUUUCCAGAUUUUAAGUCAGCAGGUGUCACACUACGGAGUCAGCGGAUGAAGCUGCCCAGCUCUGUGGGUCAGAAGAAGAUCAAGGCCCUAGAACAGAUGCUCCUGGAACUUGGUGUGGAACUGAGCCCUACCCCCACUGAGGAGCUGGUGCAUAUGUUCAAUGAGUUGCGGAGUGACCUGGUGUUACUCUACGAGCUCAAGCAGGCCUGUGCCAACUGUGAAUAUGAGCUACAGAUGCUGCGGCACCGGCACGAGGCCCUGGCUCGGGCAGGAGUGCUAGGGGCCUCUGCCACAGCAGCAGUGGGACCAGCCCCUGCUUCUGCUGAGCCAGCAGUGUCUGAAUCUGGACUUGGUCUGGACCCUGCCAAGGACACCAUCAUUGAUGUCGUGGGUGCACCCCUCACACCCAAUUCGCGGAAACGACGGGAAUCAGCCUCCAGCUCAUCUUCUGUGAAGAAAGCCAAGAAACCAUAGGGGUCAUCAGAGUUGGUGGUGUGGUGUAAAUAGAGCUGUUAAGUUGGA